UCCCAACACUAGAAACGCCUUUCGUCUCCACCUUCCCUCCCUUCAAUUCUCCUUCUCAGUUCUCGGCCACUUUCUUUUCGAUUCUCUCUUUCGCUAGAAGUCUUCUCUACUUUAAUUCUAGUUACUCACACCAUUUACACUUUCAUCUAUUUCCAUCUCUUUAUUUGCGCAUUGAAGCCUACGUCACCUGUAGCUCUGAGAUCCCAAGAUAGCUUCCUGCCGCCGCUGACCACUAACAUAUCAGAACAUCGGCUCAAAAAUCUGGGAAAAUUCGCAGAUCUCUCCAAUUUCUGUCUAUUUCUCUACUUGGGUGUUUCCCUUUUGUAAUUUGAUAUGAGUUGGAGAUAUAAAGCUGGUUUAUUCUUAAUAGCUGCUGUUGUUAUUAUAUGGGUCACCUCUGCAGAAGUUACCCAGGGUAUCUUCACAGACUACAAGCAGCCAUUUGCAGUGACAUAUCUUGGAGCUUCAUUGAUGGUAGUUUACCUCCCGAUAGCAUUUCUUAAAGACUGGAUAUGUAAGAUACUAAAGCAUCGUUCUUCUAGUAGUGCUAAAGCUGAAGGAAGCAUAAAUGAGCCUUCUGAUGGAUUUAACUCUCCUCUAAGCCAGAAAAUUUUUGAAAUUGAACUUCAGGGAUCUUUAACUAGAAAAGACAGUGAAGCAGACCUUUCACUUCAAGCAGAGGGAAAGCCUUUGAUCCGUAGACAUAAAAAUGAUUUACACUUAUUGAAACAUGAAAAAGGGCUUACAAGUAGAGAAAUUGCCACUUAUGGUUUUUAUAUUGCUCCAAUCUGGUUUGUUACAGAGUAUUUAUCAAAUGCUGCACUUGCACGUACAAGUGUUGCAAGUACAACAGUUUUAUCAUCGACAUCAGGACUUUUUACUCUUUUCAUUGGUGUAUUUUUGGGCCAAGAUACUUUAAAUGCAGCAAAAGUAGUAGCUGUCCUUGUAAGCAUGGCGGGUGUUGUCAUGACUACUUUGGGAAAAACUUGGGCUGCGGAUGAGUCUCAACUAAGUGCUUCAAUCAAUGGGAAACGCUCUCUUGCUGGGGAUCUUUUUGGCCUUCUUUCAGCAGUGUCAUAUGGACUAUUUACAGUGCUCCUCAAAAAGUUUGCUGGUGAAGAAGGAGAAAGGGUUGACGUGCAGAAGUUGUUUGGAUUCAUAGGACUUUUCACACUUGUAGCUCUAUGGUGGCUUGUUUGGCCGUUGACUGCCUUGGGAAUAGAACCGAAGUUUACAAUUCCUCACUCUGCUAAAAUGGAUGAAGUAGUUCUUGCAAAUGGCUUUAUUGGAAGUGUCCUUUCAGACUAUUUUUGGGCACUAUGUGUUGUAUGGACAACUCCAUUGGUAGCCACCUUGGGUAUGUCACUCACAAUCCCUCUUGCUAUGGUGGCUGAUAUGGUGAUUCAUGGUCGUCAUUAUUCAGCAAUUUACAUUCUUGGCUCUGUUCAGGUGUUUGCAGGAUUUGUAAUAGCUAAUCUUUCAGGUUGGUUCUCAAGAAAAUUGGGAUUGUAGCAUUUAGUGAAUUCCUGGGAUUAAAUUCAAUUCUUAUGGGGCCUAUCUUCACGAGCUUGACUUGAUGUUACUUCCUGGAAAUGGGUUGUCAUCUCCGGAAGAAUUGAUGAUGGACUGUAAUUGAAACGUGUAAAUGAAUGGUAGAGGUUUUUGCAUUCUGGUGUGGGUGCGUCAGGGUUGUGUGUGGAGCCCUAAUUGUUGUAAUGAAUACAACUGUAAUUAAUACUUUUGGUUAAAGGAAAAGGGGAAAAAGAACUUCUCAUAAAUUAUUACAA